AUGGUGGCACACGGUCAAAGUUUCUCGAGACGAAGGUUGCAAGUUCAUGAAAUAUUAUCUGCUUUGGAGUGUGAGGAGUAUGAUAAUACUGUGGAAAAUAUCAUUUACGUUGAGCCCCCUAUUGAGCAUGCCGAUCAGGUUACUGACGAAGAUAGUGAUAAGUCCGAUGAGGAGCAUAGUGCGAACCUAAAUCACUUAGGACGAAGACUGCUGCAAGCUAGCUGCGAAUUGCAACGUUCUCGAGGUGAUAGCGAUAUUUCUACUCCAUCAACGUCUUCAGCACUCGGUUCAAAUAAGCAACGAGCAUCAAAUGAUAACUUUUUAUCAAGAAGCGAUAGUGAAGACGAGCAGCCCCUUUCUAUUUUCAUGUCUCAUAACAAGCCUUCAAGGUCUGCACCGCCAACUAAAAAGAAAAAAUCUACAGGUUGGAAAAAAGAAGAACCCGCUUUUAUUUGCACUGAAUAUCGUCCACAGCCACCAUCAGAUGAAAGUAAAAAAUGUCAAAAUCCUCUGGAAUACUUCAAACUAUUUUUUCACAAUGAUCUCAUCAAACAUAUAGUCAAACAAACAAACCUGUACGCUUUGCAAAAAAACAAACCUUUGAUGGCAACAGACGACGAAAUCUAA